AUGCGAUAUUUCUUUGAAGAGACCAGAAAGAGUAAGCAUUGUAUUUUGGACGUGAGUGGUUACGCCAUCAAGCGCCUUCAAGUAGCGACGUUGUAUCCUAUAGCGAUCUUUUUAAAACCAAAAUCCGUGGAUUCCAUCCGGGAACUUAAUAAAAGGCUGACCGAGGAACAGGCGCAGAAGACAUAUGACAGAGCUCUUAAACUGGAGCAGGAAUUUGGAGAGUACUUCACAGCGGUUGUUCAAGGUGACACAUACGACGAAAUCUACACUAAAUCCAAGGAAGUUAUACGUCAGCAAUCGGGGCCAGUCAUUUGGAUCCCAUCCAAAGAGAAGCUAUAAACAAUAUCUAUAAUACACACUCCAGUGGGUCAGCGGAACAUCCUCCAGUCAUGCGCAUCACCUGUCCUUUGUUUCCAUGGUUAUAUGAUGACAAUUACAAAAUGGUGUUGCAAUCGCUGCUUCUCUGUUUUUAUCGCUCGAGGGGCAGGAUUAUUUUGGCAGUUCAGGAGGCAGAACGGUUCUAUGAAUUUGAAGACGUUCUUUUUUUCAACUAUACGCAGUUAUUUUUUUGAUUACAUUGGCUGUGUUUUGCGGGAGUCGGCGACUCCUGCGGUUUUGUUUCAUCGUUUUUCCCAUCAUAUGAAUUAAAUGACAACAGUCUUCGAAGAUUAAUGUAUAGUUUUGUGCUGUUGUUAAUUAUUUCUAUUGUUAAUUAUUUCUGUUGCGGAGCUUUAGUUUUGCUAUGCAUGUUGUGGCGUGACUACAUUAGUUCAGUUUUCAACUUGCUUUGUCACGCAAACGUCUCCAUGGGAAGAAGAGCGUGACAUUGUCAACGUUGCGUGACGCGCAAGGGACAAAAAUAAAUCUCGUCUCCUCUAAAGGGAAAAAAUUUAACGAAAUAGAAAUCCUUUCCAAAGGAAGAAGUUUCAAGUAGCUCGUUUUCAGUCAUCGCCAGAUUCGUCACCUCUCCUCGUUCUUCUUGAAAAUAGUGUAAGACUUUUGUAAUUCAAUAUUGCGAGCAUUUCGGAAAUACUGGUCAGAACAGAAAUAUUGGCUGGUUCUUUAUUUUAACAGGUGGAAAGCUCAUGUCUGCCUGGAAAUUGUUCUGACAGAAUGUUAUACUCAUGUGAACUGGUUAAUUGGUUAUUAGUACUGUGAAUUUAAUUCUAAAAUGGUUAUGUGUUAACUUCCUGAGAUGUGUAAUUUUGAAUUUAAGUCGGAUACGUCUUAACUCUAUGAACUAAAAUGAUUUGGGUUAUUAAAAGAAAGUAGCAGUAAAUAUGAAAUGAGAACAUC